AUGACCAGGCUGCGGGGAGGCUCUGGGAGCGCUCCGGACCCAGGGCGACCCACUGCUGUCAGUGACAAGGGACUCCAUCAUCCAUCCAAGCUCCCCGCUGGAUCCCCAGAUGUGCUUACCAAGAAUACUAUCGCUGUGACGGAUCCUGCACGAGUGCUACCAUGGAAUAAGGAAAAGCGCCAGAGAGAUUUCAAUAUCCUUGUCAAAAGGUAUAAGAACCAGCUCCUUUACGGUUGCCAGGACCCGUUUUGCACCACCCCUACAUGUUUUAGUUAUCGCAAGAGAGCCUCAGAUGUGCCUCUUCGGAGGUUUACUGAACUUAGUGCGCGUACAGUUGCAUGCUAUUUAGCCAGUCAGGACAACCCGGAGCGAGGGCUGUGCCGAAAUAUCCCAGCCAUCAACACGGAUUUCCUCUCAGGAGACCCGACCCGACAACAUAGGAGACGAUCAUGUGAAGCAUCCCAACAAAAUGUCAGAUUUGCCUCCGACUUUCAAAGUUCCGAUAACGUGGAAGAUAAUGGAACCCCAAAGAAGCCAACUGCCGAAAGGAUGCACCAAACGGAAUCCGGGGAUAAUGGGGCUGUUUCGAAAUCAGGUGAUGAGAACGAGAAAACGGAUUCUCCGCAGAGCGAAGGGGCCAAAGGGCCGUUGAGACUGAAGGACCCGAAGUCGUUUACUCAAAAUCUUUUCGACACACUUUCAUUGCGUAUGGUUGAAUGGCUACCAUUACGAAAAUCUCCAGAAGCCUUUGAUACCACCCAGUCUGACCCCAAUGAGGACGGUAACUUGCCAUCCAAGUCUCCUGAAAAAGAAGCACCACCGAGAAUCCAAGACCGUCCAAAUAACCCAAAACGAAAUGGUCGCCAAAAACAGAUCGCUUCACAACCGAGUAUUAAGCCCCGACGGCAAAGCAUUGCAUCUUCUAAUCCUCAACCGACGGCGGUUGAAGUAAAGAUCCCUGGACAGCCUGUAAAGCGCCUUUCCCUCGGCGAAAUGGAGCACCGGAAACAACCUUCGAAGUCCUUUACCGAGGACAGAAUUCGCUCUGAACGCAAACCAGCUCGAAAGGUUUCGUCGCAGAACACUCCGUCAAAUCAACCAUCGCGUGCCUUGCAAUCGCCACCUCCUUUAAAGCACCGACCACAGAGACAUAGCAAUGCAAAUGGUGAUGUGAGCAACCCUUCCAAGCACGAGCAAAGACAGCACAUGCGUGUCUCGCGAGAUGGGUCCCGGGGUCCGAGGAAGUUGGAAAAUUCCGAGCGGGACAAUAGCCGGGUAUCCAUAGAUUACAGCAUGCAACAGUCACAAUCUGCAACUCACCCCCCGGAAAUUCCGGUAUGCAAAAAUACCCACACCGGAAAACAACUUAAAACUCAGCAAAUUCAGACCCUAUCCCACCUGUCAACGCGGUUAGUGACUGGACUUGAGAAAUUGAUGUUUGAAAAUGAUGAAAAUAGAAACAAGUGGGAUGAAGAAAUGUCAGAAUUAGAGUCUCGCGGGUAUUCUGAACAUUGGGAUUGGCAGUAUGCGACUCCUCGCCAGCGCGAGGUGUUCCCGUUUGUUGCACAAAGUGUGUUUUACGUUCUGAGCAGUCCCCGGCAACUUCUCCAAUCCUUCCGAAAGGACUCUUCAACGCCGUCGGAAGUCAACAAUUGGGAAAACGUGAGCACACUGGAUAUCGACCAAGUAGAAGACUCGUUUCGUAUUCUGCAUCGAAUAUGUCCGUGGGAAACCACACUACAUAGUUUGUGGAUUUCUCUUGAGAAGCUUUUUGUUCCACCGAAGGAAUUUUCCUUACCGCGUCCGCGCAUGCUCCCUGUCCGAUGGUCCACUUCGUCCGGCACAAUUUCGAAACGUGGACUUCCUUCACCCAGUAAUACUGACUCUCCUGAAGAAUACAUUUCUGACGCCGAUGCGGCUUACAUUGCAGUUAUCGUGCUUCUAGCCUUAGCAACCUCCAUUCCUCUGACUGACCCGAGAACAUGGGAGGUCGUUCGUCAUGUCCGCUCCUCGGGUACCGUUUUACCUGACGCUGAGAUGAGAAAGCAUUCUGGAUCUACCAGGAGAUCGCUAGUGGCCAUCUCAGAAAAGUUUGAGCAUGAUCUCGCUCUCCGAUUAUUAAAUCGCCUAGUUCGGGCGGUUUCUGCGCGGUUAGCUUUCCAUGAAAUCUCGAAGACUCGGACAACUAACAUCCAUGAUAUUGAACGACAAGAGAAACAUGACUUUACAAGUUUGAUUUUACAAUCUCUGCGUGACCUCUCCAAGCCGAAUGAAAAGCCUUCACAUGUCCCACCUCCUUUUUUACAUGAAGAGCGUCCUACCAACCUCCAUAUGGUAACUGUGGAAUGGUUGCGGAGUCUUCUUUUGAAGGAAUGGGACGGAAAGCCUGAAAUGGCCAAGUCCGGUGCCGCUGGUGGCGCUUUACAACUCCUCGCAUCAAUGUAUACAGAUCGCUCUAGACUUGGUUUACGGCCUGAAGACUUCCAUACAGCUUUCCUCUCAGAGCGUUUAGACCCCACAGAAAUGCCUGUCGAAUGGCUUGGAAUCCUUCAAAAUAACAAAUCAGUGCAUCUCUUAUCAUAUCCCUUCUUAUUUCCUCCCUCCGCGCUGGUCAUAUAUUUCCGGGCUAUCAACUAUUCUAACAUGUCCAAAUCAUAUGAAGCCGCAAUGACUACCUCACGACAUGUUACUCAACCGGCAUUCUCGAGUAUCAUACCGAUAGAUGAUGAUGUUAGUCUGCUUGCAAGAUUGAAGACGUCUAUCUCGACAUAUCUGGUCCUAGUUGUAAGACGUGAUAAUGUUCUUACCGAUGCUCUCGAUCAGUUGUGGCGACGAGAAAGACGUGAGCUAAUGCGACCCCUUAAAGUUCAAAUGGGUAUGGAUGAAGGGGAAGAAGGUAUUGAUCAUGGUGGUGUUCAGCAAGAAUUUUUCCGCGUAGCUUUUGGAGAGGCAUUGGACCCAUCAUACGGGAUGUUUACGAUGGAUAUGCGAACUCGCAUAUCUUGGUUUCAACCUUGUUCAAUGGAGCCAUUAUACAAAUUCGAAUUAUUGGGCUUGUUGACGUCUCUUGCUGUUUAUAAUGGUUUGACACUCCCGGUUAACUUCCCAGUUGCGUUGUACAAAAAAUUGCUGGGGUUGAAAGUUAAGACCCUUGAUGAUAUCCAAGUCGGCUGGCCGGAGCUUGCGAAGGGUUUGAGUGACCUACUAUCAUGGGAUGACGGCGAUGUUGGUGAUAUCUUCAUGAGGACCUACGAGUUUAGUUUUGAAGCGUUUGGAAACUUCGUCUCUGUCGACAUGGAAAAGGUUGACCGCACUGAACCAUGGCCGGCCACUGAACGAGCAACUUGGGAAAGGAAAAAGCGUGGAUCGUAUAGCCCACAAUCCUGGUCAGGGAAAAACAGCCCCAGGGUGGCCCUCGAUGAUAAUAUCUCAAUGUUGUGUGAAUGUGCCGAUGAAAGUUCCACAUUGAAGAGGGAUGGAACGCUUUCUGGAAUACUGAAAGGUUCUUCAUCAAGAACAUACAAAGCUACACCACCUUCGCCUCCACAGGAGGCCGCUUUGGUCACGAACGCGAAUCGAGAACGAUUUGUCAAGGAUUACAUCUUCUGGCUGACAGACAAAUCCAUCCGCCCACAAUAUGAAGCAUUCGCUCGCGGUUUCUACACCUGCCUCGACCGAACGGCCCUAUCAAUAUUUACUCCGGAAGCAUUGAAGACGGUCAUCGAAGGGAUCCAGGAGAUCAACAUCGAAGAGCUUGAGCAUCAUACCCGGUAUGAAGGUGGCUUCGAGCCUGGUCACCGUGUCAUCCGCGACUUCUGGGUCAUUGUGAAAGGUUACCCGCAGACGAGGAAACGUCAGCUGCUGGAAUUCGUCACGGCUAGUGAUCGAGUACCCGUCAACGGCAUUUCAAGUAUCAUGUUCGUGAUCCAGAGGAAUGGUACUGGAGACAGUCGCCUUCCCACUAGCCUGACAUGCUUUGGCAGGCUCCUUCUGCCUGAUUACUCUAGCCGAGACAUCCUCGAAGAGAAGUUGGAAAAGGCUCUUGAGAACGCAAGAGGCUUUGGCGUCGCCUAG